AUGGCUCACACCCUCAGUCGUCGACAAGCGUUGCCCUUCAUAUCAACUUCUUGGCGCUACUCUUUUUCUACUUCAGCCAAACAAUUACAAAGUAAAGUUGUGUCUUCUGCAGAGGAAGCACUAAGUGGUCUAGAUUUGAAAGGUGCUGUCUGUCUCGUAGGCGGCUUUGGAUUGGGAGGAAGCCCUGAGACUCUUCUUCGUGCACUGAGUCACCAUCCUUCGGCCAGCAGCCUGACGGUUGCGGCGUUGACGGGAGGGACAGAUGGCGCAGGCGUGGGUCUCUUACUGGAAGCUGGCAUUGUCAAGAGAUUGAUAAGUAGCUAUGUGGGAGAGAAUAGCCACCUCGAAGAUUCCUUCUUCGGCGGUCGCCUCGAAGUGGAGUUGACGCCACAGGGAACUCUAGCAGCUCGCAUGAAAGCAGCCGGGUCUGGCUUCCCUGCAUUUUAUACUCCAACAGGGGCUGGAACAGUAUAUGCAACUGGUGGAAUACCUAUAAAAUUUAAGGAGGAUGGGUCGCACGAAGUCGAAAUCGAAUCUCAACCACGGCCGACGCAAGAGUUUGAUGGACACGAAUAUGUUUUGGAAUAUGCACUCAAGGGGGAACUAUCCUUGGUUAAAGCGGCGGUGGCAGAUACACGGGGAAACCUGAUCUUUCGAGGCACGGCUCAAAAUGCCAAUCCAGAUGCUGCCAUAGCAGGGAAAAUGACAAUCGUCGAAGCUGAACAAAUAGUUCCCGCCGGCGAACUCAACCCCAACGACAUUCAUCUUCCCGGAGUCUACGUAGACAAAGUUAUCCAGGCUGGCUCUGAGGAAAAGCUCAUUGAGCGGCUACGAAUACAGAGCAACGAUACUUCUGUUGGUUUCGUCAAGGAUUACCGAGCACGGAUAAUGCGUCGGGCUGCCAAGGAGUUCCGCAAUGGCAUGUACGUGAACCUAGGGAUUGGCAUGCCGACAAUGUCGUCGAACUAUAUUCCAGAAGGUAUCAAUAUUGAACUGCAUGCUGAAAACGGACUACUGGGCGUUGGUCCAUAUCCGGAAUCAAAAGAAAAUGCAGAUGCUGACUACAUUAAUGCCGGUAAAGAAACAAUCACUGCGCUGCCAGGGGCUAGUUGCUUUUCGUCAUCUGAAUCAUUCAACAUGAUUCGAGGAGGCCAUAUCGAUUUGACUAUUUUGGGCGGUCUUCAGUGUAGUCAGGAUGGAGAUUUGGCCAGUUGGAUUGUGCCUGGGAAACUGCUGAAGGGGAUGGGCGGGGCAAUGGAUUUGGUUGGGGCGCCCGGUUCUCGUGUAGUUGUAACCAUGGACCACACUGCGAAGGAUGGCAGCCCGAAAAUCUUAACGGAAUGUUCAUUGCCACUCACGGGGCACAGAGUGGUAGAUCGGAUCAUUACCGAUUUAGGAGUCUUCGAUGUUAACCUUGAUGGUAAGGAUGGACUAACGCUUGUAGAAAUAUCUCCUGGUGUCACAGUUGAACAAAUACGGAAUUCUACAGGGUGCGAUUUUGCAGUUGUUCCAGACCCCAUCCCGCUGAUGGACAGCGAAGAAUAG